AUGGGAGAUGACUUUGUUUCUGUUGAACGUCUUGUUUUGGCAUUCCCUUUGGAUAAGAGGUUUGGAAAGCAAUUGUUCAGCAACUUGCAGUUAAGUGAGAAGUCAUUAAAGGAUGUUGUGCAAGUUGUUCGUGGAAGUCAGAAAAAUGAUGAGGUUAUAUGGCAAGUUCUCAGGCAUAAACACUGCAGUUAUAUGGCCAACUCAUGUCCACUAGCCAAUAGUCGUUAUGCAACCAUCCGUGAUCAUGAUGGAGUCUUUUACUUGUAUAUGAAAACCAUAGAGAGAGCUCAUAUGCCAAACAAGUUGUGGGAAAGAGUGAAACUGCCUCGCAAUUACGAAAAAGCCCUUGAAAUCAUCGACAAAAAUCUGAUGUAUUGGCCAAAGUUUCUUGUACACAAGGCAAAACAACGGUCGACUAAAAUGACACAAAUGCGUAUACGCAUGAGGAAGCUUGCCCUUAAAAUAAGGGAAAAGAUAAUGACAAUAUUGGACAAGAAUAUCGAAAAGGAAUUGUUGGAGCGUUUAAAAAAUGGAACUUAUGGUAGUGAGAUAGUUAAUGUUCAUGCUGAAGCAUUUAAUAAGUUUAUCGAACAAUUUGAGGGACCAGAAAAGGAUGUUAAUGAAGAGUACAAGGUGGAAACGGAAUUUGUUGAAGGCGAGUAUGAAGAGGAAGAUGAUAUGGAGGAUUACAAUGGUCUUCCAACCGGUUCCGAUGUGGAUGAUGAAGAUGAAGAUGAUGAUGCUGAGGUGGCAGCAGAUAGAAAGAGAGGAAGGAAAGAUUCCAAAUAUGCUUUGAAGAAACAGGAGAGAGAUGCUAAGAAGAAGAAAGGAAGAGUACUUGUUGAGGUUGCUGCAAAAGUUGCAAAAGGGGAACUAAACUCUGCAUUUGCCAUUGUUAGACCUCCUGGACACCAUAGUAUUAACAAGAUACUAAUUGUUGAUUGGGAUGUUUAUCAUGGAAAUGGUACUCAAAAGACCUUCUAUAAGGACUCCCAAGUGUUGUUCUUCUCUGUACACAGGGAUGAGUAUGGGACUUUUUAUCCCUGUGGUGAUGAUGGAUCAUAUGACAUGAAGGGUGAUGGAGAAGGUGAAGGAUACAAUAUAAAUGUUCCAUGGGAGAAUGGAAAAUGUGGUGAUGCAGAUUAUAUUGCAGCAUGGGACCAUAUACUGAUCCCUGUUGCAAGAGAAUUUAAACGUGUUCAAUCAAAUAUUGGUGCCAAAAAACAUGCAAUUUGGCUUUUCUGGAGUAAGAGCUCUAACCAAGCUUUGACUGCUAUUAAGAUAACAUCUUUGUUUGGGCAUCAUUUGAAAGAGUAA